AUGGCUCGACGACGCCGCGCCGACUCAGCAGGAGGAACGCAGCAGCAAAUCCCCAUGACAAUUCCACGCCGACGAUCCACGCUGCGUGAAUUGCAAGCAUCGAAUAACGAGACGGAUGUCGUAGCCCCCAAGGUGAUUAAUGCAGCUCCGUCGUUGGAGAAGGCGGAAAUGUACGGAACUCUUAUGACAUUUGUCCAAUUCUUCUUUGUAGCCGUUACUGGCUACAUUUCCCAAUUCGAUCGAAGUCGACCCCCGCUAUUCCUUACUCCGAAUCGUGUCCCGAACGGAGAAGUAGACGAAGAUAUCCCCUCCUUCAACACCGGUCUCAUAAUCCUCUUCAUCGCCCAAGUCCUCUCCGCAAUAAUGGGUCUCUACACAGAAGAAACCUACAAAGAAUACGGACCCCACUGGAAAGAAAACCUCUUCUACUCGCACCUUCUCGCCCUCCCCCUCUUCGCCCCCUUCCUCCCCUCCAUGCACCGCCAACUCCUCAAGCUAGCCUCCUCAACCCCGCUCACCCUCCCCAUCCUCGAAAGCCUGCAAUCACUCCCCUCAGAUCUCCUCACUAAACUCUCGCAUAUCUAUUUACCAAGCCAACUCGUCUUUCUCGCCAUGAACGUCCUCACUCAAUAUGCAUGUAUCCGCGGAGUGAAUCUCCUCGCGGCUGCGUCAUCGGCGCUGACGGUUACUAUUGUGUUGAAUGUGAGGAAAUUGAUUAGUUUACUGUUGAGUAUUUGGUUAUUUGGGAAUAGACUCAGCCCUGGGACGUUGGUAGGUGCCUGUUUGGUAUUUUUUGCGGGCGGAUUGUAUAGUUUAGAUGGUGGGAAAAAGAAAGGGGCGAAUAGACAUAAGAGUACUAGUAACGGGAAGGUGGGCUAG